UCCCCGCCGCAUCGCCGACGGCAGCUCGAUCCCGAGAGUAUGGUGCCAGCGCCCGGGUUAAUCUAGUCCUCGGCUCGCUCCUUUUUCCCCUCCUCCUCCUCUCCCCCCCGUCGGUGCUGCUUCUGGGGUCCCGGCAUUUGGGAGUACAACUCUCCGCUUCUCCGAGGAGACUGCCUGGUCGGUGAGCCCUCACAGAACUUGCCCAUUGAGAGCCAACCCCGAACAGCUGGAUAAUGUCCACUCCGAGCAGAUUCAAAAAGGACAAAGAGAUCAUCGCCGAGUAUGAAAGUCAAGUCAAAGAAAUUCGAGCUCAACUGGUAGAACAACAGAAAUGCCUGGAGCAGCAGACAGAGAUGAGAGUUCAGCUUCUGCAGGACCUGCAAGAUUUCUUCCGGAAAAAAGCUGAAAUUGAGACAGAUUAUUCUCGGAACCUCGAAAAGUUGGCAGAAAGAUUCAUGGCCAAAACAAGAAGCACUAAGGAUCAUCAACAGUACAAGAAAGACCAGAACUUGUUGUCUCCAGUGAACUGCUGGUAUUUGCUCCUGAACCAAGUGAGGCGAGAAAGCAAAGACCACGCCACCUUGAGUGACAUCUAUCUGAACAAUGUGAUUAUGCGGUUCAUGCAGAUAAGUGAGGAUUCCACCAGGAUGUUUAAAAAGAGUAAAGAGAUUGCAUUCCAGCUUCAUGAGGAUUUGAUGAAGGUUCUCAAUGAGCUCUAUACGGUGAUGAAAACAUACCAUAUGUAUCACGCCGAGAGCAUCAGCGCAGAGAGCAAACUGAAAGAGGCUGAGAAACAAGAAGAGAAGCAAAUUGGCAGGUCUGGUGAUCCAGUCUUCCACAUUAGACUGGAAGAGAGACAUCAGCGGCGAAGCUCGGUGAAAAAAAUUGAAAAAAUGAAGGAAAAAAGACAAGCAAAAUAUUCGGAAAACAAGCUUAAGUCGAUUAAGGCACGGAAUGAAUAUCUCCUAACCCUUGAAGCAACCAAUGCCUCAGUUUUCAAGUAUUAUAUUCAUGAUCUUUCAGAUUUAAUUGAUUGCUGUGAUCUUGGCUACCAUGCAAGUCUAAACAGAGCCCUGAGAACGUAUCUCUCUGCGGAGUAUAACCUUGAAACCUCCAGACACGAGGGCUUAGACAUUAUUGAGAAUGCAGUUGACAAUUUGGAGCCCAGGAGUGAUAAGCAGAGAUUCAUGGAGAUGUACCCUGCUGCGUUCUGCCCACCAAUGAAGUUUGAGUUUCAGUCUCACAUGGGUGAUGAGGUGUGCCAGGUCAGCGCCCAGCAGCCAGUCCAAGCGGAGCUCAUGCUAAGGUACCAACAGCUGCAGUCCCGCCUGGCCACGCUCAAGAUCGAGAACGAGGAGGUUAAGAAAACGACUGAGGCCACCCUGCAGACAAUACAGGAUAUGGUCACUAUCGAGGACUACGAUGUUUCUGAAUGCUUCCAGCACAGCCGCUCCACAGAGUCUGUGAAGUCCACGGUCUCUGAAACCUAUCUGAGUAAGCCCAGCAUCGCCAAGAGAAGAGCCAAUCAGCAGGAGACGGAGCAGUUCUACUUCAUGAAACUCCGAGAAUAUUUGGAAGGUAGUAAUCUGAUCACAAAACUCCAAGCCAAGCAUGACCUGUUGCGGAGGACGCUUGGAGAAGGUCAUAGAGCUGAAUAUAUGACUACAAGGCCUCCAAAUGUUCCCCCUAAGCCCCAGAAACACAGGAAGUCCAGACCCCGCUCACAGUAUAAUGCUAAGUUGUUUAAUGGGGAUUUGGAAACAUUCAUCAAGGACUCAGGACAGAUCAUCCCCCUCAUUGUGGAAAGUUGUAUUCGGUUCAUAAAUCUCUAUGGUCUUCAGCAUCAGGGGAUUUUCAGAGUGUCUGGUUCCCAGGUGGAAGUCAAUGAUAUUAAAAAUUCAUUUGAGAGAGGUGAAAACCCUUUGGCUGAUGACCAGAGUAACUGUGAUAUUAACUCAGUUGCUGGCGUUCUAAAGCUCUACUUCCGUGGGCUGGAAAACCCCCUCUUUCCUAAGGAAAGAUUUAAUGAUCUGAUUUCUUGUGUCAGAAUAGAUAAUCUCUAUGAGAGGGCGCUUCACAUCCGCAAACUGCUCCUGACCUUGCCCAGGUCGGUCCUUAUAGUGAUGAGGUACCUCUUUGCCUUCCUCAAUCAUCUUUCACAGUACAGUGAUGAAAACAUGAUGGACCCUUACAACCUGGCCAUCUGUUUUGGCCCCACAUUGAUGCCUGUCCCAGAGAUACAGGAUCAAGUGUCCUGCCAGGCUCAUGUGAAUGAGAUUGUCAAAACCAUCAUCAUCCACCAUGAGACUAUUUUCCCAGAUGCUAAAGAGCUGGAUGGCCCUGUUUAUGAGAAAUGUAUGGCUGGAGACGAGUAUUGCGACAGCCCAUACAGUGAGCACGGUACGCUGGAGGAAGUGGAUCAGGACGCGGGUACAGAGCCGCACACCAGUGAAGACGGUAUGCACUUGUGCUAUUAUUAAACUAGUCUUUAUAGCCAUUUUUAUAACCAUUUUUAAAGAAUUACUUAUAUUGUACUCACUUUGGCAGCACAUAUACCAAGAAUUGCUUAUAUUAAGAAUUUAGUAGAUACAAAAUAAUAUAUACUAAAUAUGUGUAAACUACAAAGAAUAAUACUGCAGGGAACACCUGUGAAACCACCACCAGAUUUAAGAAAAAGUACCAUUACCUUUUCACUGUCCUGAACCCAUUGUCUUCCAUACCCCUUAAGGUAAGCUAUGUGUUUGUGCUUUUCAAUGGAUUAUUGUUUCAUUUUCUGUUUUCUUGAACAUUUUAUAGAUGGAAUCAUACUAUAUAUAUUUUCAUUGUUUUCUAUGCAGUAUUAUAUUCCUGAAAUUCAUCCCCAUCAUUGCAUGCAGUUAGAAUAAUUUAUUUACCACUGUAUAGUAUUCCAUUAUAUAUAUAUUUUUUUAUUAUUGGUGAAUAUAUGAGGUGUUUUCUGGGGAUUUUUUUGCCAUUAAGAACAGUCCAGGUGGACAGGAGUUUCUCUCAGAUACACACACCUAGGAGUAAGCAUGUCUCCAACCUUGCUGCAUACUGCCCAACUAUUUUUGAAAAUGGUUGUAAGGGGGCUUCCCUGGCAGUCCAGUGGUUAAGAGCCCAUGCUUCCACUUCAGGAGGCAUGAGCUCCAUCCCUGGUAAGGGAACUAAGAUCCCACCUAACGCAAGAAGCAGCCAAAAAAUACGAAAAUGGUUGUAGGGCUACCCACUCCCACCAACAGCGUCUCAGCCUUUCAGUGGUAUGCAGUCAUCCACACUUGAGUUUAUAUCAAAUAUUGUAAGUCUUUGCCAAUACUGUCAAGUGUGUAAUGGUAUCUCACUGUGAUUUUAAUGUGCAUUUCUCUGCUUACUGAUGAUGUUUUAAAACAUAGUCUAUUAAUAGAAAACUUACUGUAUGAUAAGGGUAAAGAGGGUAUGGUAAGGCCAACAGAUGGGGAGAUGAUCGCCAUGGAAAAGAUAAUCUGUUGCUCACAGUUCCUAAGAGGAGGGUUCACGUCACACCUCAGGGGGCCAGGGAAAGCACCGGGGUCAGACGGGCAGGAGAACACCUGGCCAAGAGUUUUUAUUGUGGUUUCACGAAGCAACAGGCAAGGCAGGGUAAGCAGCGUUAGGAUUCCCUACUUUGAAUAAUUUCAGAGGGCUCUGGCUGUCUCUGGUUGGUACCUGGCCAUGAAGUGUUUGGGGCACAGGGAUAGUGGCCUAAGGUGUGGGAGCCCCAGAGAGGAAGUGGCUGGAGUAUGGGGCUCUGGAUUGGUUGAUUUGCAUUUGAAAAGCACAUUCCAGGUGAGCUGUUUACUAGGAAUUUUCUAACCCUGGAAGGGACAGUCCCUCCAGGGGGAGCAAAGCCCCAGAGAUCAUACUGUAGAAAAUGAAAAACAUGGUUAAUACAGAUACACUAAUUUUUGUAUGUUUAUUUUUGCAAAAUUCCUAUCAAAUAUUUUGCCAGCUUAGGGCCUAUUUGCCCACUGUUUAGUUUGGUUUGGCUUUGGUUUUUCCUUGUAAAAGUUUAUGAGGCUGGAUCAAGUCCUUUAUUGAGUAUAUGCUUUGCAAAUAUUUUCUGCUCUGUAGCCUUUCAUGUGCCUAUUAUGUUUUUUGCCAAACAGAGGAUCUUAACUUUAAAGGAACUGAAUUUACCCAUCUUUUCCUUCAUGGUUGUUUCACUUUGUGUCUCCUUUAAGAAAUCCUUAUCCUUCUGUGACUUAAGUUAAUGUAGAAGUUCUUCUAUAGUCUCUUUUAAAUCCUUUCAGGUUUUGUUUUUCACAAAUAGGGCUUAAUUCUACCAGGAAUUCAUUUGGAGGUAUGGUGUGAGGUAGGGAUCUGUUCCUUUUUUCUCCUUAUGGAUGCACAGCUGUCCCCACUGUCCCAGCCUUAAUUAUCCCUUCUCUACUGCCCCACACCUUUAUCAUAAAUCAAGUGUCCUCUCUGUGUGAGUCCAUUUCUGGUCUCUGUUCUUUUCCAUGGGUCUACUUGUUUAUCCCUACACUGCUGUCUUCAUUUUGUUACCUUUUAAUAAAUCUCAAUAUUUGUCAAAUCAAGACCUCUGACUUUGUUCCUCUUAACAAUUCUUGGCCUUUUGCAACUUCACUUAAAUUUCAAAUUCAGUUUUUCAAGUUCUUAGAAAGAAACAAGGAA